AAGGUCAGAAUGACCCUAUGACCCUUUUAGCCAAACAGAUUGGUAACCUCGUUCUUCAACUGCAACACGCCCCGGUGCCUCAAAUUAACAUUCUCGCUGCACAAAAUCGUGAACUCAAUUUGGUCACAUAUCCCGACUUCUCUGGCGGUGAACAGGACCCCAUCACCUGGCUAGAGGAUGUUGAAAAAGCAUUCGAAGCCAAUCAAGUGCAGGAUAAUCAUAAGAUCCCUGUAGUUGUCCCACACUUGAAAGGAACUACCUCUACUUGGUGGGUUUCCAUCCAGGCUAUACGACCCGCCAUUGAUCGAUGGAAUGAUGCUCACAACCAGG